CCAGAGAGCAAGAGAGGGAGGGAGAAACAGAAAGAGAGAGAGGAAAAACUGAGAGUGUGGCUAUCUUCAAGAGGAGGUGGGAACACUGAACCUGGAAGCUGAAAAGUUUGCAAAAGCCUGUAAACAAGAAUCAAAGCUUGUAAGAGCGUUGAAGCAUUAAAAUCAAGAGGAGAAGAGGAGUCCGGUGCAGCACAACUGACUCACUUAAAGGUGAAAAGAAGGGAAAGAUCAAGACCAUUUUCCUGUUUAGAGUCAUCUCUCAAGAUCAAGAACAGCCUCAGAAUGGGAGAAGAUGCAGUACAGGCAGAGAGGAGCAGCAUGAUAAGUGCACAUGAGAGCCAGGAGCUGGUGGUGCCCACACCUAGUCCCACACAAUCUUCACCCACCCAUAGCUUCUCCCAAAUGGGCAAUGCCACCAUCAUGGCCGCUAGUGAAGAACCUAUUAGUACAGGAGCUGGGGCCAACACAGGCACUCUCACCAGAGAUGGAGCUUCAACUACAGGCCCAGUGAAUGCCAUCACAGUGCUGACCCUUCUAGAUAAGCUGGUGAACAUGCUUGACACAGUGCAAGAGAACCAGCACAAGAUGGAGAUGAGGCAAGUCGAGAUGGAGGGGGCCGUGAGGGGCAUUCAGAACGAUAUGACCAAGCUGUCCAAGAGUCACACCUCCACCUCCAACACGGUCAGCAAGCUACUGGAUAAGAGCCGUAAGGUCAGUGUCCACAUGAAGGAGGUCAAGGACAAGAUGGAUAAGCAGGCCGUCCAGGUGAAGAAAUUGGAGGUCAACCACACUCACCUACUUAGGAGGAACAACUUCAAAGUGCUCAUCUUCCAGGAGGAAAAUGAGAUCCCAUCAAGUGUCUUUGUGAAGGAACCUGCACCGUUACCUGAAGUGGAGGAGGAGACUUUGGCCAUUGAUGCCAACCGUUCUCAAGAGGAGGGCCUUCAGACCAUUGACCUCUCUUCGGAUGAAGAGCAGGGACCAGAGGAGGAUGAAGAUGAGAUUUUGGCCAUUUUGGACCUUGAAGCAGAGUCCAAAGUUCAAAAAUCUCGAGCUGAGAAGUUCAAGCGGUCCAGUCUGAAGAAAGUGGACAGCCUGAAGAAAGCUUUCUCUAGGCAGAAUAUUGAGAAGAAGAUGAACAAUAUCAGCACCAGGAUUGUAUCAACAGAAAACCGUGAAAAAAUCAAGAAAAGUCUGACACCAAACCACCAGAAGAACCCUAGUGCCAAGAGCUCUUCCUUCAAGGUCUCUCCUCUCACCUUCAACAUCAAGAAGGUUCGUAGCGGAGAGAGUGAAGCAGAGGCUGUAGAUUCAUCUCAACCUGAAAGCUCACCAAGUGCUGUCGCCUCCAUCGAACUGGCUCCAAUUGAGAGCCCAGCUGAAGACCUGACCUUCGAGGAGGUUCACUGCCAACUUGCACCAGGACAGGAGGAAGUUAAGGUGGCUGUUGAGGCAAUAGAGAAGGAGUUGCCCAGCAUCCUGAACGGCACAGCUAUGAUUGAGCCUGAGUUGUCGAUCACAGAAGAUGUUAGUGAGGAGUAUGCCCUUUCUGCGACACUGCUCCAGGAUGCCUCCCAGAUAGAUUUACAGGGAGAGAACGAAGAGGAAGGAGAGGAGGAAAAGGGAAAGGAAGACAUGCAGGAUGAAAAGAGCCUUGUAGCAGAAGCUGCAGGCCAAGUAGAAGGUGUUGAUGUAGUGCAAGCAUCCUAAUGUCCUGACCCUCCAUUCCAGCUGUGACACCCUCCUUUGCUGAGAAAACACUCUCUCCCUUAUCAGAGCCAGCCAUCCCCCCAAGUACCCAGACAUCUGCCCAGUCCUGGCAGAGUACAGUCCUUGCAGAGACUUCUGUGUCGUAUCACAAAACAGUCUAUUCAAAGGCAAAAUUCAAGUACUAUGUGACUUUUGCUAAGUAGGCCCCUUAAUCUUGUUAUUAGUUGUUAGUCCUUUAACAAUUUAGUGUUUAUUUUAAAAAGUCCACAUGAAAGCAGUCUUUUGUUUUGAUUAUCUGUCAGAUAUGAAAGUGGGAAAAUAAAAAUAAAAUGCUUAAAGCUAUAAGAGUCAGCAGGUGCUGAGUUCAAUCCAUCUACCCUAAGGGAGUGUUUUAACCAUGGCCUGGAUCUCAGCCCCCAAUUCAUUUUCUUCUGGAACAGCUUGUGCACAAUCAAGAUAAUUUGCAGCCUUUAUGCCCUUUCUUCUGAUUAAACAACAAAAAUACUUCCAAUGGCAAUGUCUCUGUCAGUGUUGUAGUCAAGACCACCUAAACCAAGACCAGAGUGUAUUGAGACUGAGACAAGACCAAGACUUUGAGGAGUUGAGACCGAGUCAAGACCAAGACCAGACCAGUGCGAGUCCCACACUGCAUGAUACAGGAUAAAAUGUGGAACAUGCAAACCAUAGGCACUCCCUAAAUUGAUCUGAAAGAUCCACAUUCCCAUAAAAACACCCACAGAAAACAAAUGAAGAUUCCUCUUCAUUCACCACUUUGUGUGUGUGCGUGUGUGAGUGUGAGAGCGUGUAUUUAUCACAUUGUGGGGACCAAAUGUCCCCAUAAGGAUAGUAAAACCCAACAUUUUUGACCUUGUGGGGACAUUUUGUCGGUCCCCAUGAGGAAAACAGCUUAUAAAUCAGACUAAAUGAUGGUUUUUGAAAAUGUAAAAAUGCAGAAAGUUUUCUCUGAGGGUUAGGUUUAGGAGUAGGGUUAGGGUUAGGGGAUAGAAUAUAUAGUUUGUACAGUAUAAAAACCAUUAUGUCUAUGGUAAGUCCCCAUAAAACAUGGAAACACAACGCGCGUGUGUUUGUGUGUGUGUGUGUGUGUCUGUGUGUGCCAUGAGAAAAGUCUUAAUAAAAUAAUCAAAAGGCAUUGCAGAGGUGAAUUAUAUGUGUGAAUUUUCCUUUGUUUUCUGUGAGCAAACAAAUACAAACAAACAAACACUAAGGAGCUGAAAUCAACUUAACCGUCUUUAUUCAACACUCCUUUUCCAAGUUUUACCAUCCACCUAAAACAAUACAAUUUUUGUUUUAAUUUAUCAAUAUUAUUUAAUAAAAGUGAAUGUUUAUCAAGUAUUUUGUACAUCUUCCUGGGUGCCGACAAGAUUGUGUGACGUCACGCACCUACAUCUCAGCGAAAUCAUAGUUUUCAUAGUCAUAGUACAAUUUCCACACGACUUUCCAAGUUGUAAUUACGACUUCAAAAGUUCCACUGCACUUUUCCCAGAAGGAAGUUGGAAAAUCCGACUUUCUGAGUUGAAUGAAAUGCAGCAAGAGGCAGAUUGCUAAUGUUAGCUAGCUAGCUUUGCUAGCAUCACUUACACUUAGCUUGCCUUUCUUUAUGCUUCCUUUCUAAGUGCUGAUAAAAUGUUUAUGUGAUCCCAGCCGUCUCUGUAAGCAUUGCAAAAUGUACUGCUGUGUGUUUUCUUUUGGAUGCUUUUUUUGCAGAUUAACUCUUUGUGGUUUUAGUCAGUGUUUCCUAACCUUUUUUCUGCCACGGCACACUUUUUACGAUUAAAAAAAUCCCAUGGAAAACCACUAUCCCACAUAAACAUUGUCAAUAAUUUUCCUUUUAAAGAAUUUGUCCAUGAUUUCUGUCUGUCUUAGUAGCAUGAACCCGUGAUGAAAACCAACAAAUUAGUGUCUUUUCCAAUUUGUAGAAUUGUUCUUGCAAAUUAAUUAUCGCAAUGGCACAGCAAAUAAUGUUUUUAUUUAUUUACUGUAUUUUCCGGAAAUAAAGUCGCAUCUAUAAGUCGCACUGGGUCAAAAUCGCGUUUUUGAGAGAAAAAACACAUAAGUCACACUGACAGAGUUUGGAUCCGGCAGGAACUAGUAUCCGUGAGCAGCCGCCCGGCCUCCAUUCACUGGUUCAGAUGUCAAACGCGCUCCUUGAAGAUUACAGUACCUCAGAAUCUACACCUCAAAUCACAGUGUUUUUUGACUUUUUUAAAACAGGAGAAUUUGCUUUUAGUUAUAGUAUGUAAUCGUUUUUCAUAUUCUUUUUAUCUUUCAUGAGAGAAAGGUAAUCCACAUCUGUUCAUAACAUCUGUAAAUCUAUGCUGUGCACAAAUAAACAGCCUUUGUCUUUGAGUAAAAUAAUAUACCUCUUGUUUUCUAUUCAUUCAUUUGGUUCACUUACUGAAUGUUUUUCCUAAAAGUGUGACGAUGAUGCAUCAUUUUGUGGGCUUGUGAGGAGUUGCGUUUGACAGCGGACUAGAGUUUGCUAGAACAGUAAUGUUAUGAUGGACAAAAUAUUUAAACUGGUUGCAUAAAAUACUAUGUAAUGGAAAUUAUACUGAAUUGGCAACUUUAAAACACUUCUACCAUCUCAAUGCCUUCAUUAAAAUAAUGGGAAUCAUUUUUUAUUUUGAGGAAUUUUCCAUGGCACAGCUCACAAUCUUUCAUGGCACACUAGUGGGCACAGUGGUUGGGAAACACUGGUUUAGGUAGCCAAAUUGUAUUACAGAAGAUUUGGCUGACAUCGCUCAGACAGCCACAGUUUCUUCUCCUGUAUCCCGCAUUUACUUUCUUGGAGUGCGUGUGAGGGGGGUGGGGAGGGGUGACAACCUUAACAGUAACAAAAAUCAAGUUAUUGCUUGCAUUUGAAGCAGAAAGUUUUGCAUCUGUAGAGUAUUGAUGAUAACAAAUAAAUCAGACAGUGCACCGGCAAUUUAGUGAUAUCUCGGUCUUGAAAUAAAAUCCUGAGUCCUCUCUGUCUGAGACAAGACCGAGUAAAAAUGUGGUCAAUUCCGUGACGAGGCCGAGAGCUUUAAAAAGUGGUCUCGAGACCGGUCUUGAAUACUACAACACUGGUCUCUGUUUAUCAGAAAUAUAUACAGGGUCCAAGAGAAGCUGGAAAUCCAGCUUGGAAGAGUAUUUACAUUUCCAGAUUUACAUUUUGUAGUGAAGAAUAAACAAUUAGAUUACCCUUGUUUGUCCCGAGCACACAUCAUAAAAUAUCAGUUCUGUGUUUGGCUUGCUUCAAAUCUGAAAUGCAUCUUACAUGGGGAUCCUUGUCUUCCCUGAGUUCCACACAUGUCUUGGACAUUACUAAGAAAACAUUCCUGCUUUUGAUAUAUGGCUCUUUCAGAGACUAUUUCUCAAGCUCCUGUUGGCAUGGUGUUGGCUGAGGAAGGCCUUAAACAUGCACUGUGGGGCCAGUCUAGAUUACUGGCAUAUUUCUGGAAGUGAUGAAGCAAACUUUCAGCCUAGUUGGAUGCAAAUUAUUUCUAGUGUGGAAAGUGAUGAGAUCAGAAAAAGUUAGAAAAAUUCAAAUUAAUUUUGAUUGUUGAAUUGAAUCCAAGUUUUAAAAUAUAAAUGAGGAUGCAGAAUACCCCCUUCCACAUCCAUCAUUUUAGUAUAUACAAACAAUUGAUAUUUGUGCACACUAUGCCGCUCUCUACAAUACACACCCUAUAGUAAAAUGAUGCUGUUAGCUGAUAUAUUUGAAAAUAAAGCAAAGCAUUUCUUUCAGAAUCUGACAGUACUGACCAAACAAAUGUGUCUGACAUUUUUUGGGGGGGACAUUAUAUAACACUAUAGCAAAUAAAUGAUCAUCUCUUUUUGUGUUUGUCAUGUAAAUUGAGCUUUCUGCACAAUGUGAGUAAUUUGAGCAUAUUUUCAGUUCAAUAUUCUAAUGCCGAACAAAAAUAUAAAAGUGUGUAUUUUUGCUUUGGGUGGAUGUCUCUUUCAGAAGUGAAAAAGGAUUAGGUUUUACGACUUUUAAAAUGUUAACUAAUUUUUACUGAUUCUUAUAAUUCCUAAUCUAUAUUUGCAUUUUCUUUAAAAAGGUAAUUUUAUCAAUGACUUCAUAAUAUAUAAGAGAGCUAUAUGUAGUCUUAGUUAUCGUAUUUUAGAAGGCUCAUGCCAAAGAAAAGGCUCAGUUACAGCAGACACCUUAUAAUGUUUCUGUAACACCUGUUUACCAACUUGUUAUUAAACCACGCUCUGUUAAAACUGUACUUAUAGUGCAAAUAAAUAAAGAUUUUGAACCUGG